CGUCGGUGUUUACAGCGGAAUGGGCGUGGCCAGGCAGGACGCUGUGUUGUGUGGGUGAUGUCCGGGCAGGAUUCCGUCCAGUGAGCUGCGGGCAGACAUGUGAGGAUGGAGCCGACGCUGGAGGAGCUGGUGGAGUCGCUGACAACAUCCGGGGAGCCUCAGCUUAACCCCGAAAAGCUCAAGCAGCUCAAGAAGAUUUGCAGGUCUUCAGAUGCACAUAUCAGACACGUCUAUCACCUGCUGAUGACCCAGCUGAACCAGGAGCAUGCCGAGAUCCGCCUGUCCGCCUUCCAGAUAGUCGGCGAGCUGUUCAGUCGGUCGCACUUGUUCAGGACGCUGCUGAUCUCCAACUUUCAGGAGUUUUUGGAGCUGACUGUGGAGACGGAUCUUGACCAGCCACUGCCUCCUCCCAAGGAAGUGGCACAGAAACUGAAGAUUUUGGCCAUUAAGACUGUACAAGAAUGGCAUGAGAAGUUUGGGGAAGCCUACAAGAAGCUGUCCUUGGGAUACCACUUUCUGAAAAAGAACAAAAAGGUGGACUUCCAGGACGUGAGGUCCAGGACGGUAGCCGAGAGAAAAAGAGAAGAGGAAAAGCAGAAACGCUUAGAAAAUAUCUAUAAAGAGAAAGCCAAGAGAGCACAGACUGAAAUGGAAGAAAUGCUCGAGGACAUCCAGUCCUGCCUCACAGAGAUGGAGAACUGCUUCAGCUUGCUGCUGCCAGAUCCUGAACAGUUCAGCCUGGUGAAUGAUGAAAAAGAUGGCGACGUGACAAAAAACAAUGCGCCUGACGACGAGCAACCAUGCUGCAGCAAGGACCUGCCCACACUAACCAUACCCAGCACCAGCCGUGGACCUGAAGCCGAGGAAAGCUCCUCCGACGAGUCUGACAACGGCUUUGAACCUGUGGAAGAGUCUUUCAUCAGAGAACAUGGGCUGGGGUCUCACUCGUACGCACUCGACAUCGAAAUAUCAACAGAUAUGAAAGUAAACGAGAAUGAAGAUAAUACAGACGUUCUGAACAGCUUAACGGAUGCCUGGAAGAUGGCAAAGAACAAGUACUGGCCUGCCGUUCAGUCCUGGAUUCAGAUUUUCACGAAGGCCGGAGUAAGUGGCGACAGCCUGAAGUGUGCCAUCGAUGUGAAGAAGAAACUAGAAGCCGUGAUGAAGAAGCACAAGGAGAUGAAUGUGGAGUGCAAGACCCAGGGCAGAGAGCUGGUGGUGGACAGCGACGACGAGGACAACGAUUUUGAAGAGGUCCCGGAGAAGGAAGGUUACGAGCCUCACAUUCCGGACCACCUUCGCGCUGAGUACGGUUUGGCUACUGCUCCGAAGUCCACCCCACCAGUACAAAAAAAAAUGAUUCACAUAAAACCCAGGAAUUCAAAGAGAAACGAUGAAGAAUCUGAUCCGACCUGCGCUGCUGCAACUCUGAAGGCCAUGCGGGACAAGCUGUCAGCCUUCACCUCCUCAGCCUCCAGCACAGGCGAGCCCAGCAGUACAAGUGUAAAGCGGGAGGAUGAGUUGUCGAGAGCACCUGUCGUCCCGUUCGGGCUAGAUCUGCACUACUGGGGCAAGGAUCAGCCCACAGCUGGCAAAAUACUCAAGUUCAGCUCCCAGCAUCGCUUCUGGGCUCCUAAUGAGACUGAAGAGGAGGUGGAGAAUAAAGAAGUGGAGGCCAUGUUAAAAACCAGAUACAUCACCUUCCCGGGCAAGUACGAACCAGUGAAGCACAAAUGCAAUGCGCCAUUGCCCAAUGGGUCGCUGUGUGAGAGGCAGGACAGGGUGAAGUGUCCAUUCCACGGGAAGAUCAUCCCACGUGAUGAGCUUGGAGUGCCAGUAAUUCCUGAGGAUCGGGAGAGAGAAGCCAAGGAGAAACUUGAGAAGCAAGCCAAGGAAGAAGAUUGGAGAGACCCCGAACUGAUGCGAGAAAUUGAGCAAGUUACGGGGGCAGACCUUGGAUCAUCCAGAUAUAGCAAGAAAGAGCAGAAAAAGAAAGGGAAAAAGAAAAAAUAUCCAAACCUAACAGACCUGAAGCAGAAUGCCAACACAUCCCGCUCCCGCCUGCAGAAGAAAGUGUUUAACACGGGAUCAGUAAAACGAGUGAUAAGCGCAAUGAACCAGAUGGAUAAGAGGCGACACGAAAAGUUUGCAAACCAGUUUAAUUACGCAUUAAAUUAAAAAACCCGCCGGGGGAAGAGAUAAACCGCCAAGCCACCUUCUACAUGGAAGACUUGCUUUAAGGACCUUUAAAGAAAAAUUGUUGUAAUAUAUGGAUAUUUUAUCCCUAAUGUCUUAACUUAUUUGCAUAAUUUGCUGUGCGUUAUGAAAUAUUUUUUAAAAGAUCAUCUGUACAGAUUUGUAGGGGAUUUUAAAGAAAAUUGCUGUAGUAAAAAAUGUUUUUGUUUUUUUUGUUUUUGUUUUUUAAUGCUGACAAAGAUAAACCACCACAACCCCGAGGGUUGGAAAUUGUAAACUGUUUACCGUUUAUAAUUUGUGACAAAAAAAAAAAUUUUUUAAUUUUUAUCUUUAUUUUUUUUAAAUUAAAAAUGUUUUAUUUGUU